ACUUUGGGUCUUCAAUACAACACACACCUACCUACAGUAUAUAUACUGACUACUACAAGAGCCUGACACACGCAGCUGGCAUCUGAAAAGUAAAGAGAUACAGACUCAAUCCAGAAUGAAGGUGUUUGUACUACUGGCUCUGGCUGUGUUCACAGGUUGCAAAGCCAACUUGUUCUAUGCUGAUGAGCCCAAACCACAGCUGGAGCAACUGACUGAUGCUUUCUGGGACUAUGUUGCCAAGGCAACACACACUGCUGAGGAAUCACUGAAAAUGAUUAGAGAGUCUCAGCUGGGCCAGGAAGUCAACUCUAGAAUUACAGAAGGUGCCAAUGCGGCCAGUCAGUAUGCUGUCACUCUCCAGAAACAAGUCAACCCUCUGGCCCAGGAAUUCAUGUCCAAAAUCAGCAAGGAGGCUGAAGUUCUGAAGGAGCGUCUCGAACAGGAUCUGACCACUGUGAGGGACAAACUGGAGCCCUAUGCUGAUGACCUGAAGACCCAAAUUCAGCAGAGAGUGGAGGAUCUGAGAGUAGCCGUGGCUCCCUAUGCUGAGUCCUUCGACUCUGAAGCUCUGAAAACUACUGUGCUGCAGAAGACAGAGGAGCUCAGAGGAAGUUUGGAAGAGAAAGUGAAGGAGCUGCAGUCCCAGCUGGAGCCCUAUACUGAUGAUCUCAGGCAGAAAGUAGAUCAGCAUCUGCAGGAAUUCCAGAAGACCGUAGCACCUCUGACUGAGGAUCUUCAGGCCAAGGUUGCUGAGAGAGCUGCUUUGGUUCAACAGGGUCUGGCUCCCUAUGCAGAGGACCUGAGAGAGAAACUGGACCCCUACGCCCAGAACCUGAAGGACCAGCUCACCUCUCUUUAUGAGUCCUACAUCAACACCAACUAAAUAGCACAAAAAUAACUUUUCAUUCUAUUUGCACAAAACAAUCCCAUUAUUUCCACAGUCUCUAUAAUAGGCUUAUUAUCUCACAUAGAGCCUAUGCCUAUGUUACGUCCCUAAUGUCUUUAAUUUAUAUAAAAUAAAGAACGAAUUGAAAACUUUA